AUGAGCCAGAGAGCCAAGGAGCCGACAGGGAGCCAAGAGUCAGCGAGACAGAGAGCCAGAGAGCCAGAGAGCCAAGGAGCCAGGGAUCCAGUUAGUCAGGGAGCCGAGAGCGCCAGGGAUCCAGAGAGGCAGGGAGCCAGAGAGUCAGGGAUCCAGAGAGGCAGGGAGCCAGAGAGUCAGGGAUCAGAGAGGCAGGGAGCCAGAGAGUCAGGGAUCCAGAGAGGCAGGGAGCCAAGAGUCGGGAUCCAGAGAGGCAGGGAGCCAGAGAGUCAAGGCGAGCCAGAGAGCAGACGAGCCAAGGAGCAGGGAUCCAGGGAGUCAGGGAGCCAGAGGAGCCCAGGGAUCCAGAGAGGCAGGGAGCCAGAGAGGCAGGGAGCCAGAGAGCCAAGGACCCAGAGGAGGCUAGGGAUCCAGAGAGUCGGGAGCCAGAGAUCCAGGGAUCAGAGAGUCCAGGGAGCCAGAGAGUCAGGGAAGCCAGAAGAGCUAAGCAGCCAGAGAGCCAUGUAUCCAGAGAGUCAUGGGAUGCAGAGAGUCAAGGGAGCCAGAGAGUCAGGAAGCUAG